AUGUCGAAACGAAGCUGGUCAGAAGCUGAGAAUGGAGAACACCAGUUUCCUCCAAUGAUCUCGAGAAAAGUCAAGGCUUGUACAGCGUGUCGGAGACAAAAAAUCAAAUGUUUAAUUGAUGAUAACGGUCCGCCUUGUAAACGAUGCGCGGAAAAAGGCUUGUGUUGUGUCUUGGGCAAGAGCCUACAGACUAUCUUGGAUGAAAAGUCACAAUUAUCACAAGACGUGGCGCAAGAUCUCGAGCAGAUGCAUGAUUUCUUAAAGCAGGUUGCUGGAAAACUGGACCUUGAACUUCCGCCUUUACGAUCCUCCAUUGCAACGGCAGAAGGACAAAAAGAAGAAUCACCAGCUCAAUCAAACAAAGGCCAUCAUAUUCCAUCACGCGACAAUUCACCAAAACCCAUGCCAGAGGACGACGAUUUGCCUUAUGCUCCUAUCCACUCACUCUACACCCUAACAAAAUUACGUGCUCUCCGAUCGCCGGACGACAUCGACUCGCAGCAAAAUCAAGGCAACGACGAUAUAAUAACGAGACGUCUCGUGUCAUUACCGGACGCAGAGAGACUUUUCGAUUUCUAUAAGAAACGUCUGGAUCCUUAUAUUUACCUUAUCGGCUGUCCAUAUGAGUCGAUGCAAGUGUUGCGACAAAAAAGUCAGUUUCUCCUCGUGGCGGUUCUCACAGUCGCCGCGCUUCAUGAUCAAACUGCCGAUCAUCUGUAUCCAAUUUGCAGCUCCGAGUUCAGAAGAUUAUUCCAAACAUCGAUAUUUGAAAGACGACUCAGCAGAGACUAUCUAAGGGCGUUAUGUAUCGGCUGUUAUUGGCUAAGCGAUCUAUCAUGGAUGUUAUCAGGUCACGCGAUACGAAGAGCAGCAGAAUUCGACCUUCAUAACAGUUACGACAGAGCCAUCGAAAAAUCCAGUACAGAGGAUGCAGAAUGUGCGAGAAUUUGGUAUAUCCUUUGUGUUUGUGAUCAACAGCUUGCAACACAAUAUGGACGACCGUCUAUAGUGCAAGAAGAUGCUUCCACACAAGGAGCCAUAGACUUUCUCCGAUCUACUGUUUCAAAUGAGGAAGACAGACGGUUGCUAAGUCAAGCUACUGUGGUUAGUAUCUUAAGGAGUAUAAGAGAGCUUUUCAGCUCAAAUAAGGGCAAACCAAUUCCGAGGUUGCAUUUGAAUCAUAUUUCACACUUUAGGCUACAACUUGAUCAGUGGUUUGCCUUUUGGACAGAUCAAGUGCAAGAACAGUGGCCUGGUAUUGGUGGUUUCCCACGCAAGGGAGUUGUUCUCCACUACAACUUUGCCCAACUAUAUCUAUACUCACACGUAUUCCGCGGUAUAUCCAAAGACGACCAUAUUCCACAUUAUUUCCUCGACUGUGCUCUCAACGGCAUAACGGCAGCCACAACAAUCAUCGACAAGUUCCUACAUGACCCAGACAUUACACUUGGCAUAGUCGGCAUGCCGUCAUACGUCCAUUCCAUGACAGCGUUCGCAUCCAUGUUCCUAACAAAAGUGGCCAUCAAAUACCAAGAUCUUAUAGCAAAAGAGAAAGUAUAUGAUUUGAUCACUGGUUUAGUACAGCAGUUUCGAUCACAACCUGCUGGAAAGUGGCAUUUGGCAGGUCUUAUGGCUAGCGGGUUGGAAAGAAUGGCGCAGACGUUGAAACCAGAUGUCCCGGUGGAUAUGGGACUGCCUUUGGGUGUGGGGAUGGACCAGAGUGUUGAUGCUGGGAUAUCGGGGGUUGAUAAUUUCUUUCCUGAUUUGCCGGGUGAUUUUUUCUUUAACUACGACAUGAGUUUUGAGAUGCCAGCGACAUAG